UAAAAAUAAUUUUGUAUUACAUGGAAAAGUAGAUUUUUUCAAUUUCUAAAAUUUAUCUUAAUACUUUCAUAGGAUUUUUUGGAAGUAACCUACCAGAUUAUCAGAGGUCAGAAAUCAUGAUGUUCAUUAUGGGGAAAGUACCUGUUUUUGGAACAUCUACCCAUACUUUGGAUAUCAGUCAACUAGGGGAUUUGGGAACCAGGAGGAUUCAGAUAAUGUUGCUGAGAUCUUUGCUUAUGGUGACUUCUGGAUACAAAGCAAAGACGAUUGUUACUGCACUUCCAGGGUCUUUCCUGGAUCCUUUGUUAUCACCAUCUCUCAUGGAAGACUAUGAACUGAGACAGUUGGUCUUGGAAGUAAUGCAUAAUCUCAUGGAUCGCCAUGACAAUAGGGCAAAGCUUCGAGGGAUCAGAAUAAUACCAGAUGUAGCUGACCUAAAGAUAAAAAGAGAAAAAAUUUGUAGACAAGACACAAGUUUCAUGAAAAAGGUAAGACAUCUUCUAAAAAAAAAUGCAUAGUGUAAAUUACAGCCA